CAAUUAUUUUGUACCGACCAAACCCCUCCGCCCAAAUUUUUCAUUAAUUAACAAACCCAACCCAACCAAACACAAGUCUCUCCUCCUUCUGCCAAGAUUCGUUCAACAAAGUCCUUAAAACCUUAAAACAUUUUUAUUUUAGGGUCAGGAUUUUGUCUGAGCGUAAGAAUCAUGGCGUUUUCCACCGCUUUGGCCGGUUCUAAGAUGGAAUCUUUGUUGUUCAAUCCCGGUUCUUCUUCUUCUUCUUCGUCUUGUUCUUUUUUGACGGGUCAACAAAUACGCGUCCUCUGUAAACCCAAUCGCAAUGAGAAAAGAUUUCAAAGGGCAGUUAAAUGCGAAGUUACUGCCCCAUCUGAUGCCUCCACCAUCUCCGCUCUCGAGCAGCUCAAAACCUCCGCGCCUGACCGAUAUACAAAGGAAAGGAGCAGCAUUGUGGUUAUUGGGCUUAGCGUUCACACUACACCUGUUGAGAUGCGUGAAAAACUUGCCAUUCCAGAAGCAGAAUGGCCACGAGCGAUUGGGGAGUUGUGUAACCUAAAUCAUAUAGAAGAGGCUGCUGUUCUUAGCACCUGCAACCGGAUGGAGAUAUAUGUUGUAGCUCUUUCUCAACAUCGUGGGGUUAAAGAAGUGACUGAAUGGAUGUCAAAGACAAGUGGGAUCCCAGUCUCUGAGCUUUGCCAGCACCGGUUUUUGCUGCACAACAAAGAUGCUACCCAGCAUCUUUUUGAGGUGUCAGCAGGUCUUGACUCUCUUGUGCUAGGAGAAGGACAAAUCCUUGCUCAAGUUAAACAAGUUGUCAAAGUUGGGCAAGGAGUUGUUGGAUUUGGAAGGAACAUCAGUGGACUGUUCAAGCAUGCAAUCACUGUUGGAAAGCGGGUUAGAGCAGAGACAAACAUUGCUGCUGGGGCUGUUUCUGUCAGCUCAGCCGCGGUUGAACUGGCAUUAAUGAAGCUUCCUGAAUCUUCACAUGCCACAGCUCGCAUGUUGGUUAUUGGAGCUGGCAAGAUGGGGAAGCUUGUGAUAAAACACUUGGUAGCAAAAGGAUGCACUAAGAUGGUGGUUGUUAACAGAUCUGAGGAGAGAGUUGCUGCUAUCCAUGAGGAGAUGAAAGGUGCUGAGAUAAUUUACAAACCUCUCUCAGAAAUGCUAACCUGUGCUGCUGAAGCUGAUGUGGUCUUCACCAGCACAGCAUCAGAAACUCCAUUAUUCUUAAAAGAGAACGUUGCAGACCUUCCGGUUGUUGAUCCUGCAUUUGGGGGUUUGAGGCUGUUUAUUGAUAUCUCCGUUCCUCGUAAUGUUGGCUCAUGUGUUGAAGAUGUUGAAACUGCAAGAGUCUACAAUGUUGAUGACCUUAAGGAAGUUGUGGCUGCUAAUAAAGAGGACCGACUCCGCAAAGCUAUGGAAGCUCAAGCCAUUAUCGGCGAGGAAUCAAAACAGUUUGAAGCUUGGAGGGAUUCGUUGGAGACUGUUCCUACCAUCAAGAAGUUGAGGGCUUAUGCAGAAAGAAUCAGAAUGGCGGAGCUAGAGAAAUGCCUAUCAAAGAUGGGUGAUGAUAUCUCAAAGAAAUCAAGGAGGGCAGUAGAUGAUCUUAGCCGUGGUAUUGUGAAUAAGCUUCUUCAUGGUCCAAUGCAGCACCUAAGAUGCGAUGGGAGUGACAGCCGGACUCUUGAUGAAACCCUUGAGAAUAUGCAUGCUCUUAACAGAAUGUUCGGCCUUGAAACAGAUACAUCUCUGUUUGAGCAGAAGAUUCGAGCCAAGAUAGAACAAACCCAAAAGUAAGCUUCAAUACAAGCUUGUUGAUGACACUUCAUUCACUUCCCCAAAAUUGAAUAAGAGGAAAACAUCCUCGUCUUGCUCCGAGUGUCGACACUGCUGUAAUCUUCAUUUGAAAAGCGUAACGGUGUAGAUCCUGUUUGGGAUCUUUUUAAUUCGUUUAUUGGUGUAUGACGCUGUUGCCUAACUCUAAUUCGAGUGCUUCAUGUGUCUACAUUGUGUUGAUUAGUGAUCAUUUAGCGUUUUAGGAUAGAAAUGAGCUUGAUCCUUGUACCGGUUUCUUCUCUAGAA